AUGCAAUCAACAGGAAACCAUCGAAGAUCGACUAAAUCCUCAGUUAAACAAAACGGAGUCGUCAAUUCAACCAAUGAUCCCAUAACUCUCCCUUCCUCUCCAGCCCUAGAUGUAAAUUUAAGUUCUUUCAGCGAGGAAGAACGAAUGGCUAUUCUUUCCGUUGUUAAGCGAGAUCUUGAAGUACGGCACAAGGAAAAACACAGACUUAAGUAA